UUUAUGACAACAUAUUAUUACACAACAUACUGGAAUUGCGCUUGUUUAACUAAGACUGAAGUACACUUAAGUUUACCAGAACAUCACAACACAGCCGCAUUCCAUUACCCAGAACCUGCUGCCGAUUGAAUUGAAUCUUUUGCCUUUUCAUUGCAUCAGCCGCUCAGCAGCGGCUGCGCAUAACACACUUCCAGGCUAGGGAGAUCGACAGCACUACCCACCAAUAGUAUGCCGUGUUUUACCACCUCGCCUACUGUAGCAGCCAAUGACAUUUGUCGCUCGGCAGACAUACUUCUACCGCUGCCGUGCGCUCCCGCGUGCGUUGGUUUUGUAGUGUCUGUAUUGUGCGCGAAAUAAGAAGAUCUACUGAGUCCCAAAAUGGACACGUCCCUGUCUGCCAAUGACAUCCGCAGGAAGUUCAUUGAAUUCUUCGAGCGAAACGAGCACCAAUAUGUCCAUUCGUCGUCCACCAUCCCGCUGGACGACCCCACCCUGCUCUUCGCUAAUGCUGGCAUGAACCAGUUCAAGCCCAUCUUCCUGAACACCAUCGACCCCUCCCACCCCAUGGCCAAGCUCCGCCGCGCGGCCAACACACAGAAGUGCAUCCGCGCCGGCGGCAAGCACAAUGACCUGGAUGACGUGGGCAAGGACGUCUACCACCACACCUUCUUCGAGAUGCUGGGCUCCUGGUCCUUCGGGGAUUACUUCAAGCAUCUGGCCUGUAAGAUGGCCCUAGAUCUGUUAACCCAGGAGUUCGGGAUCUCCAUCGAUCGCCUCUACGUCACUUACUUCGGUGGCAAUGCCGAGGCCGGACUGGAACCCGAUCUGGAGUGCAAGCAGAUUUGGCUGGAUUUAGGCAUGGAGGAUUGUCGCAUCCUGCCUGGGAGCAUGAAGGACAACUUCUGGGAGAUGGGUGACACGGGCCCCUGUGGCCCCUGCAGCGAGAUCCACUUUGAUCGCAUCGGGGGCCGCGACGCCGCCCACCUCGUCAACAUGGACGACCCCGACGUGCUGGAGGUCUGGAACUUGGUCUUCAUCCAGUUCAACAGGGAGUCGGAGACAGAGCUGAAGCCCCUCCCCAAGAAGAGCAUCGACACAGGGAUGGGCCUGGAGCGGCUGGUCUCCGUCCUGCAGAACAAGAUGUCCAACUACGACACCGACCUCUUCAUUCCUUACUUUGAAGCCAUCCAGAAGGGCACCGGCGCCAGGCCGUACACGGGCAAGGUGGGAGCGGAGGACAGCGACGGCAUUGACAUGGCCUACCGCGUGCUGGCAGACCACGCCCGCACCAUCACUGUCGCUCUGUCAGACGGCGGGCGACCCGACAACACGGGCAGAGGGUACGUCCUGAGGCGGAUCUUGCGGCGGGCAGUGAGGUACGCCCACGAGAAACUGGCCGCCCACAGGGGCUUCUUCGCCACCCUGGUGGACGUGGUGGUGGAGUCACUGGGAGACGCCUUCCCAGAGUUGAGAAAAGACCCUGAUAUGGUGAAGGACAUCAUCAAUGAGGAGGAGGCGCAGUUCCUGAAGACGCUCAGUAGGGGGCGACGGAUCCUUGACAGAAAAAUCCAGAGUCUGGGAGACAGCACGACGAUCCCAGGGGACACCGCAUGGCUGCUGUAUGACACCUACGGAUUCCCCCUGGAUCUCACUGCCCUGAUCGCUGAGGAACGCGGCCUGGGCAUCGAUCACGAGGCGUUCGAGGAGGAGAAGAAGGCGGCUCAGCUGCGGUCCCAGGGGAAAGGGUCUGGGGACGAGGACCACAUAAUGCUGGACAUUUAUGCCAUCGAGGAGCUGAGGAACAAGGCCCUGCCGGCCACUGACGACUCCCCCAAGUACAACUAUACCUCUGAUGACAACGGGAACUACGAGUUCGAGCAGGUCACUGCCACCGUGCUGGCCCUGCGGCGAGAGCGCGCCUUCGUGGACGAGGUGCUCACUGGGCAGGAGUGUGGUGUGCUGCUGGACCGGACCUGCUUCUACGCCGAGCAGGGCGGGCAGACCUUCGACGAGGGCUACAUGCUGAGGGAGGAUGACUCGACGGAGGACAAAAUGGAGUUCACCGUGAAGAACACGCAGGUGCGCGGGGGCUAUGUGCUGCACGUAGGCACAGUGUACGGCUCCCUGCGGGUGGGGGACCGUGUGACGCUGCACAUCGACGAGGCUCGCCGCCGGCCAAUCAUGAGCAACCACACAGCCACCCACAUCCUGAACUUUGCCCUGCGGGGGGUCCUUGGGGAGGCGGACCAGCGGGGCUCCCUGGUGGCCCCCGAUCGCCUGCGCUUCGACUUCACCGCCAAGGCUGCUAUGAGCACGAAGGAGGUGCAGCGCACCGAGGAGAUCGCCCGCAGCAUGAUGGUGGACGGCAAGCCAGUUUUUGCCAUGGAAGCACCUCUGGCAGCAGCGAAGGCCAUCCAGGGCCUGCGUGCCGUCUUCGAUGAGACGUACCCGGACCCGGUGCGCGUGGUGUCCAUCGGCACGCCCGUGCAGGAGCUGCUGGAGGACCCCAGCGGCGCCGCAGGCUCGCUCACCUCCAUCGAGUUCUGCGGCGGGACGCACCUGCAGAACUCCAGCCAUGCCAUGCCCUUCGUCAUUGUGUCGGAGGAGGCCAUCGCCAAGGGCAUCCGGCGUAUUGUCGCGGUGACGGGAACAGAGGCACUGAAGGCCCAGAGGAAGGCUGAUGCCCUCAGGCAGUCUCUGUUUACCCUGGGGGAGAAGGUGAAAUCGCAGACCGCCCCCAGCAAGGACGUGCAGAAGGAGAUCGCAGACCUGACUGAGUCCCUGGGCACCGCUGUGACUUCGCAGUGGCAGAAGGACGAGAUGCGAGAGGAGCUGAAGGGACUGAAGAAGAUGAUGGAUGAUCUGGACCGUGCCAGCAAGGCUGACGUGCAGAAAAGGGUGUUGGAGAAGACGAAGCAGGUGAUCGACAGCAACCCCAACCAGCCCUUACUGGUCAUGGAGAUGGAAAGCGGGGCUUCUGCAAAGGCCCUGAAUGAGUCUCUGAAGCUGCUGAAGAGCCACUCGCCCAGCACAGCUGCUAUGCUCUUCACUGUUGACAACGAUGCCGGCAAGAUCAUCUGCCUGUGCCAAGUGCCCCAGGAGGUAGCAAAUCAGGGCCUGAAGGCCAGCGAAUGGGUGCAGGAAGUCUGCCCUCUGCUGGAUGGAAAAGGUGGUGGCAAGGACACGUCCGCGCAGGCGACCGGCCGGAAUACGCACAGCCUGCAGGAGGCGCUGGAACUGGCUGACGGUUUUGCCCGCCUGAAACUGGAUCUUCAGAAUUAAGAAGGGAUGCGCCAGGGGGUUGUGGGGUCCCGGCUGUUGUGGUUACUCUGGUUGGGACUGGUAGAUGUUUACAGAAGUUCUGACACUCUUCAGGUAAAAUGGGGUGUAAUGGAGCUGGGUGGGGGUGUGGGUUUUGUCAAGCAUCUCUCAUUGGUCUGCUUCGCUAUCCUGCCAGCGACUUCCUUUUUAUGUGAGUAAAGCCUUCUUGCACGCACUGGGAAUCUGUACAAUAAAUAUUUUAAGUUAAUCUUAAGGGAAUAGCCGUAGGACUCCCCUGCCAGCAUAGAUGUUUGUCUGAGCCCCCUUUGAGCCGUGCCACAGUCACACCAAAAUGCCCCCACCCCCCCAUCCUGGUCCUGUCUGCAGGAUGUCUCUUCCACCGCUGGCUGCAUGCAGGUCGUUGUCCUGCGCUGUUAAAUCGGGGUCCGGCCACUCAGUGCGUCAGUCGUGUAUCUGGACUGUCUGAUCGCUGUUGUAUAAAAUGCCUGCUUUCUUUGAUUCAGUCUGACACUUGAAUAAAGCAUAGAAACGUGAAUCUC